UGAGCCGUGAACCAGACUGCUGGUGCUUCGUUCGAGCUUGUCUAACAGCGUCAGUUAUACGUCAUGCCAGGAUCAGGAUCAGUAUCAGACCGAACAAAUAAUCUGAUGCGUUUUGUUUUGCUCAGCGCAUUGUUGCAAGCGGUUGUAAGUCAACCUUAUCAGACGCCACAUCGCUGCUCAAAUCGGUUGGAGAACGCACUGGAGCAAAUGCGACGUCGCAGUGCUCAGACCAAGGGCUCCUCAUCGCGAGCUCGAUCCCGUUCGAUGUGGGAGCAACCGAUGCAGAGUCCGUAUCAGUUGUACAACAGUUUCUACGGCCAGCACAGUGAGCCAGAGGAUGAUUUCUAUAAUGUGGGCGGCGGCACAGGCUACGGGCGUGGCUAUUAUGCCAAGCUCAUCAGAAGGAAGGGACGUCCAUAUCCGCAGGGAGACACCGGUGCCAGUGGUGUGGGCAGCAGUGCUCUCGAGCUGGAGGAGCUACUCUCCUCACAUCAGCAACAACACCAGCAACAUCAAUACCAGCACAGACAGCCACAUAAAUUGGCAGUGUCUCGAGUUGAGGUUGAGGAUCUUAAGGUGCGUGUGCCGCCGGCAAAGUCCUCGUCCCGUUGGGUGGAAAUCGAUAAGUGUAAGUUCAGCACGGAGAACUCCACGCUGGACACACGGCUUAUAUUCCCAGACCUGACACUCAGCGGUAAGGUCGUCCUGCAGCCUACAGGCGGACGUUGCAACAUGAUAUUGCGCAUGAGGCAUGCAGGAAUUGAGUUCCGUACGGUGCCGCUGGGACCAACUUCAUCCACGGCCCAAUCAUAUGAGCAGUCCCGCAGAUUGGGCACCGCCUCGGUGCGCACGGAUUCACACUUUGCCGAGCCGGGAUUUAUCUCGGUGUUUGCGCACGGCUGCCAAGGCCCGAGUGGCAUCAGAUUACGCCAAAACUCGAAACGGCGAUUUGGCUACGGCGAAGGAACGGCACCUCAGGUGGAACUCGGGGAGCCACAUGUGAUCCUAGGCACCGCCGGCAAGUACCAAAAGCCAGACUACGAUAUUCGCCUGGAUCACACCACUCAGCGAGAUCAGAGUCUAAACUUUGGCAGCAACGAGGGAUUUAGUGAUUCGAAUGAGUUCUUUGAUAUAAACGGCGACAAUUUUUACCGCCGGCGACAAUUUGGCAAAAGUCGUCGCCGACGGCGUCGUAAUGUUCCGCCCAACUACUUCUCGGAUGAGGUACAUUUCAAUGAUGAUGUAUUGCAUUUUGAGGAUGAGCAACUGCAGCAGCUUGUCCAGCCAGAUGCUCGUGCCUUUGCAGAUAUUUUCAGUGGCGCAAGUGCUACUGGUGGCAAUCACGAAGAGCUUGUGGGCGAUGCCAUGUCCAAUGAGCUGGAGAAGCUGUUCUCCAUGGGCGUGCGAGGAUUGCUUACCACCUAUAUGCAGCGAGCCCUGCAGCCGGCGAUAAAGGAGACGCUCAUGGAGAACAUGGGCUACACGCUUAGCUACGGCUGAGAUCUGGGCUAAGGACAGGGCCUCAACUUAUUAUACGAGUAAAUGUAUGUCUGAAUGAAUUAAAGCUUUAAGUACAUAAGAUC